CCGCCCCGCCUUUCCGCUUCCUGCCGCGGGCCGAGGCGCGGCGCUUCCAGCCGUGAGGGGCAGCCGGCUCCAGCGCCAGGUACCGGCGCGGGCAGCAGGGUUGUGCGUACCUCAGCGACCGCUCAGUUCUCCAGAUGGCUUCUUUUGGGUGGAAGAGAAAGAUUGGUGAGAAGGUCUCAAAAGCUACUUCGCAGCAGUUCGAAGCAGAAGCUGCGGAUGACAAGGAUGUGGGUGACGAUGAUGAUGGUAACUGGGUGCUUGCAGCUAAGAGAAGAAAGGAAGUUCUCUUAGAAGAUUGUGUAAGGAAAAGUAAGGAGCUCAAGGAUGAAGGUGCAAAUUUGGCUGAAAGUAGGAGGUACAGAGAGGCUCUUGUCAAGUGGGAUGAAGCACUUCAGUUAACUCCAGAGGAUGCUACACUUUAUGAGAUGAAAUCACAGGUCCUGAUGUCUUUACAUGAAAUGUUCCCAGCAGUGCAUGCAGCAGAAAUGGCUGUCCAGAGAAACCCACGUUCCUGGGAUGCCUGGCAGACUUUGGGACGUGCCCAGCUUGGAUUAGGAGAGAUAGCACUGGCAAUCCGAAGCUUCCAGGUAUCCUUACACAUGUUUCCAAUGAACCCUGAAGUAUGGAAUGAAGACCUUUCCUGGGCAAGAAAACUACAGGAGCAGCAGAAGGCCACAAAGACUGAGUCAGUGCAAGCACUGGCAAAAGGAAAAGAGCUUGUACAAGAGUCGAUCCCAGACUAUGACUUUGAAAGUGAUGAAAUUGUGGCAGUCUGUGCUGCCAUUGCAGAGAAGGAGAAAGCUCUUUCAGCAGCUAAAACAAUGGUAAUUGUGUCUGCUUCAGGCACAGUAGAGACUGUUACUGAGCAGGACAAUUGUCUUGCAACUCCUGAUGAAACCCUUUUCAUCAAGGCCCGGUAGGGCAGCCUGACAGGUUGUCAUACCCAUAGUUAAAAGAACUGCUAUUAUUUAUUGUAUUUUUCUUGCUUUGUGUUUAUUCUUUUUUUAUUAAAUGGUAGGAUAGCCUACAAAAGUUAAAGAAUUGAGGUUAUUUUUCUUUCAUUAAAUAAAAAAGCAAUGACCUGAGUUGUUCUUCCAUCCAUAGUUUUUAGAAAAGAAAGCCAAGAGUUGAUUCGAGAAAUUUUAAAUUCUUAAGAACAAAUGUAAUAUUGAAAUGCUUGACUUGAUUCUAACAGCUACCUUUAUCUUUGUGUAUUUCAUUACUUUACAAGUUAAUUUGUACAUUUUCCCAGUAAUUAGGAAAGUUUUAUUUAAACUGUAAAAGUGCUGUGGUUUAUCCCCAGCUGGCAGUUCAGCCCAGUGCAGUUGACUGCCUCCUGGUGGAAUGGGGGAGAGAAUUGAAAAAAAUGAAAGAACUCCUGGGCUGAGAUUGAGACAGUCUAAUAGGGAAACCAGAAGCUGCACAUGCAAGCAAAGCAAAACAAGGGGUUCACCCAUCAGUUCCCAUGGACAGUCAGGUGUUCAACCAUCCCCAGGAAGGCAGGGAUACCUUGUGAUUUGGGAAGAAGCUCUGAAUGUCCUCCCUUCCCCUGCCUCCUUCUUUCCCCAGUUCUUUGUGUUGUGCUGUGGGAUGGAAUAUCUCUGUGGUCAGCUGGGCUCAGGUAUUCUGGCUUGUCUUCUCCCAGCUUCUUGUGCACCCCCAGUCUUCUCACUGGUGGGAUGGAAUGAGGAACAGGAAAAGGUCUUGACCCAGUGCAAGCACUGCUCAGCAAUAAUGAGAACAACGGUGUGUUAUCAACUCUUGCCAGCACAAAAUUAAAACCUGCCCCCCCUCCUUGCAACUCUGAAGAAAAUUAUCCCAGCCAAAACCAGUACAAAAAGAAAUCAGGAUAUUAAAAAUUAUUUCAAUCACUAUUAAUUAACAUUAUUUUUCCAGUAGAAGUGUGAACUGUGUUCUGUCAUUGACAGUCUUUGUUUUCAUGAAGUUUGCUUGUUCUAUGGGAAAGUUUCCUAUGAAGUGGGGAUGGAUUAUUAUAUUGUAUGUCUGUGUGUGACAGAUGUGAUUUGUAGCCAAAUUGAGUAGAAACCUUUAUGUUGCUUUCCUUGGUGAGUGGGUUAAGCACUUUCUGAUGAGAUGAAAGGAAAUGCUUUACCAAACAAGGCCCUGAAUGCUUAGUUACAACUAAAUGUUUCACCAGAAGAAAACACUGUUAGUGAUUGAAACUGGCCCUUUCUUAUCUUUUGUGCUGUGCUACAGACAUCACCAAAAGUAGAAUGGUGGGAGUAGGAAAUAGAUAUGGCUGAAUUGUAUAGUAUUUGGGGCUUUUCUUUCCUCAUAAGCCUAAUCUGAUAAAGGGAGUCAAUUUGCUUUCCCAAAUUCUUAAUGACCUGCCAUUAAAAGUAUACUCUUAGGGAAAAAAACCAGUUUUCCAGGACAGCACUGCUGGAGUCUCCCUUUUUAUCCUUUUUGGAUUUUGAAUGCAGUGGUGGGUAAUGAGGCAUAACCUAGGAAAUUUUUUUUAAUGUUGAUUUUUUUUCUGGGGAAGGUGGCAAUUGGUUCCUCACACAGGCAGUUCAGAGAAAUGAAAUCAGGCUGUUUCUUUAAUGUGCUCUGUGCUGAAACUGUUCGCUUUUCAUUGUCUUGGAGACAUGGUAGAGAUGAUCACAUCCUACCAUGGUAACAGUACUGGAAAAAAUGGUCAGCUGAGGGAUUCCUGAAGAAUUCAGUUUGAGAACAUGUAAUUUUUACUUGAUUUUGAUAAAAUUUUGUAUGAUAAUAGAUAGUUUUGUAAACAAGUGAAACUUAUGAAAUCAAUCAUCUUUGCACUUUUUGAGUCUGAUUUCUAAUUUCAAAAUAACAUAUUUUAAAAGAAAAUAAUGUUGCUUGAGAAGUAUAGUGUUUUUGCAGUGGAAAAUGCAUUGCAGAAAAAUUAUCUCAAAUCAUACUUUCUGUUUAUCUGAUAUCAGAAUAUCUUCAUUUAAGAGGAUACAUAUAGUUUUUAAAAAAUACUUAAUUGCCCUGUUGUACUAAAUUUUCAUUAAGUUUUACAAGAUUCUCCCUGAAUGUUUUUUUGUAGUAUGAAUUUUUAGAACUGUGCUUGCAUGAGCACACAUUCACACAAAAUCACACCUAUCUUCUGAGCAUUCAAAAUAAUUAGAACUACAGUAGCCUAAAUAUAUUAAGAUAUGUAAAACAGCAUCAUGCUACAUUUUUAUUUCUUCGUUAAGUUCAGAAAGAUUUUAAGUGCUUACUGGAUAGGCACUUAAUUAAGAUAUGAUUUGAUAGUUUAAAUUAUUAGAGUUGAAGGAUUUCUUAAUCUUCUUUCUCCUAUCGACUUAAUUUUACUCAGCCGUAGGAAGCCUUAGCGUGAGAGUGGUUUGGAUAUAUUUCUUCAAAGAAGAGAUCUUCUCUGGCUGGAAAAGGACAUGUGUGAGAUGCUCUAGGGUAUGUUUUCAUUUUGAAGGAGCUCAACUGUAUCCACCUCAUCUAUUCUUCCUUUGCGCUUUGUACAUGCGUCAGUGUUCUGUCUUUACUCAUACAGGAAGGACUGCUGCCCUUCUCUCGGAGGUCUGUGUUAUCACAGAAUCUUUUUCCACUGAAAUGAUUCACAAAGCUCCUAUUGACUUCAGCACUGCAGGGCCAGACUGCUGGAGGGGGAUACAUCUGCACCAUCAGGCUGUGCCGGGCUCGAGGGGUGGUGGCUCCCAUCCCAUGUACUAAAUGUGUUUUCCUUCUGAUUAGAUUAGGUUAUGAAUCCUAGAUAUUCUCAGAACUGUAGUUUUUUGUCAAGCAGUUACGUUCCUGGGACAGUCUUUUCAAACUGGGGAGAAGUUGAAAUAUUGAUGAUUUCAACAUUGUUUUUUUGUACAGCAUGCCAUGUUUUGCAUGUAUGUAAUUUUCUGGAUUGGUUUGCGGUUUGAAUAAAACACUGACUUCUACUUA